GGGGUUGCUUCAUCAUGGCUUGAGAUGGCGACGCCGAGCAGGUCGCCGUGGGCGCCGUAAGGCAGGAGGAGGUAAGGGGGAUGCGAUACAGGGCGCAUACAGACAGCAACAAUUCGAAAGGCGACGGAUAAAGCGAGUGAGCGAACGAACGGGACGGAGUGAAGGACAUUCGGAGGGCGCCGGAGAAAGAAUUGCGGCCGAAGCAAUCUUGGCGCUGCGCUGCGUCCGCGGGGAGGAGCGGGGAGGGGAGCGGGGAGCGUCGAGUGCCGUUGCCAUGGAGCGGGGCAUCACCACCAUCAGCCUGACGUGGGCCGGGGGCGCUGGCCGGAGUCUUGUCGCCCGCGGGGGCUUUUAAAGGCAAUAAGAAAGCGGAUGAUAAUCGAGAAAGCGCGAGCGGAGACCUGUGGCAGGGACACAUGGUGAAGAAGAAACGGGGAGCAGGGGCGCAGGGACGAAUGGGCGAGGCCGGAGGGCAUAUAUAGCGAGGGGCGCUUGGCCGUUUGUCGCAUGCAUUGUCUGUCGAGGGAGUUGGCACAUUUAGGCCAACGGAGUGUUGGCGUUGCAAGGUUGGAGGGCCAGUUUCGGAGUUUGGCACCGGACGACGACGAAGAGGAAGAUCGAGGGCCUGUGCUCGGAGUGGUAGCCGUUCGCAGUCCCUCUGCCUUCCUCGAGAGCCCCGGCGAUGCGGUGCAUGCAGAUCCAACUGGGAAUUUAGUGUGCUAGCGGACCUGGAUAGGAAUGCGUCUGGACGGGAGACGGACUAGUGUCAGCUAGGUUUUGCAGAACCGAUUCUCCGCCAGGGCUGGUCGACGGAGGAUAGAGAGGGUUCAUGGCGGAAGGUUGUGCCGGAAGCUGGCGUGAGGAGUGGCAAUUCCGGGAAGAUGCGGCCUGCAAUUCGACCGAGAGGAGGCUUCUUGAGGUUUAGUCAUCUUGUAGCACUGUAAUCCAUCGGCAUCAGCUGCAUCCGACAGCAUUUUGUUCAAAACCAGUCAUCUCCAAGCUAGUCACCAUGAACGGCUUCCCAGAUAUGGGGAAAGACCGGGCUAAGGAAGGUCAUCACCACGAGUCUUACAGCAAACGUGUCUCCUUCAGUGACGUACCACUGCGAACAUUUUCGCAGGAACUAAGUUCUGGGGCUGCUUCCCCUUCUACUUCGCGUAAUGAUAGACUCCCUAGAAGACAAGACAGUGAUAGAUUAGAAAAUGAUCAUGAAAGAAGUAGUAAUAAGUCUAAGAUGGGGGCUUUCAAAACCAUUGUAGCUGCCACCAAAUUCAGAGCCAAUUUAAAGAGGAGGAAGGGCAGGCAAAGUAGAUCUUCAUCCCUUCAAAUUCACGACGACAGGGAUGAAGAGGAGCAAAGGGCAGUGGACGACUUCCGGAACCUGCUACUAUCAGAAAACUUAUUACCUGCGAGACACGAUGAUUAUUACUUACUUCUGCGCUUUUUACGAGCCAGGAAGGGCGAUAGGGAUAAAGCUAAAGAAAUGUGGGCAAAUAUGCUGUCAUGGCGAAAGGAGUAUGGCACUGACACUAUAGAAGAGGAUUUUGACUAUAAAGAAUUAGAGGAAGUAAGGAUGUACUACCCUCAAGGGCAUCACGGAGUAGAUAAGGAAGGGAGGCCAGUCUACAUCGAGAGAAUAGGAAAAGUGGAUGCGACCAAGCUCAUGCAGGUUACUACACUGGAGAGAUAUCUAAGAUAUCAUGUAUUGGAGUUCGAGAAAACUCUCAACUGGAAGUUUCCUGCAUGUUCAAUUGCUGCUAAGCGACACAUAUGUUCGACGACUACCAUCCUGGACGUCGCGGGUGUGGGCUUGAAGAAUUUUAUCAAAUCCGCCCGGGAUCUCAUCGUGGGGAUUCAAAAAAUUGACAACGACAAUUACCCCGAGACACUGCACCGGAUGUUCAUCAUUAAUGCCGGUGCUGGGUUCAAACUUCUCUGGAACACCAUCAAGACCUUUUUAGACCCAAAGACAACCACCAAGAUUCAUGUACUGGGCAACAAAUACCAAAGCAAACUCCUGGAAAUAAUCGAUCCAAGUGAACUUCCAGAAUUUUUGGGCGGAACAUGUACGUGUGCCGAAGAAGGCGGGUGUUUGCGUUCCGACAAAGGUCCCUGGAAGGAGGCAAACAUUAUCAAGGCCGUGAAGGCAGGUCACGCAAGAGCUGUCCCGAAGACUAAUCUUCUCCCAGCACACAGUGGCGAAGAAUCUUCUAGCACAGGACAUCAUAAGGGGAAGGAUGCUGAUUCUAGCACAGCAGAAUCAGGGUCAGAUGUCGAGGAUGUGACAUCACCUCACGGUGUUAGUCAGUCCGACAUGUGCAGACUGACGCCAGUUCGUGAAGAGACUGGUCACAGCUUAGAGCAUAUUCCCAUGGUGGACAAGGUUGUGGUGGACCGGGUUGGAAACGGUUACGGAAACGGGUUGGAGUCCAAUAUUAAACCCUCUGCAAGUCUCAACCACUUUAGAGUUAGCGCGAUGGAUGACAGUAGUGAUGAUGAAAGCCAGUCUUUCCACGAACAAUUUGUGCGUUUCUUGUCGAUAUUCUUUGGAUUCCUACUCAGAGUGAUCACCUAUCCUUUCGGAUUGUUUGGGAGCUGGUUGCCCAAAAGUUUAAAGUGGAGAAGGGACAGUGACGAUGAGUUAACAACAAAAUACCAUCAUGAAGCACAUGCUCAUGAUCAUGGACACGGCGGGAAGUCUUCUUCAAAUGUUUCAAAACCGUUAAGCCGGCCACCUAGCAGUUUAGAGUUACCCGAUAUUUCUAUUCAAAAUCGUGUUGAGAAGCUGGAGUCUGAAGUUGUUAAGCUAGCUAAAACAGCAGAGCCUGCAGCGCCAAAGGUUGUUCUGCCGGAUCCUGCUGCUGCAGAGCGAAUAAAAUCUCUUGAGAGUGAACUUGCUGAGACAAAGAAGGUUUUGCGGACUGUACUAUCUAAGCAGGAAGAGCUUUGUGACCUCCUGGAACGAAUGAAAGAUUUGAAGUGGGCUAAAAAGAUGCAGUGUUGGUGAGGUUCUAGGGGCCUGCUUCGAUAUCCGAGAUCAUUUUUUUCUCAAUUGUUUUGAGUUGAGAAAACGGCGGUGAUUUUUGGGGUUAGGACAUCUCUGGGCUAGCUUCCUUGACAGCCCUAUAAAAUAACGCAUUUAGUCUGAACUAGGCUUCCAUUUCGAAUGAAGCAAGUUCAGAAACACAUCGUACAUACAGUACAAUAUUGGAAGAAGUUUACCUUGAGAGUCCGGUUGAGGACUUUGAUGGCGGCCGUUUAUGUACAUAGUAGGUAGUAAAUCAGUAAAUGAUCAUUGCGGUCUUGCUAUCUCACCGUCUGUGGUUGAGAUUUGAAAGUCGUUUAACAUCUGCAGCCACUAGUUCUGCUCUUCAAAGUGUCUCCACAUUUUUAAAGGUUCUCUCCGCCUGAAUCUGCCAUAUGAAUAAAGUUAUUUGAACUUUG